AGGUCAGCUUCACUGCAGGCUACCGUCAGUGGUCAACAUGGCGUCGUACGUGUUGGUGAUCAUCGCUCUCUCCGUAGUGUCUGUGGGUGCCCAAGAUGUCGUGUCGGACUGUCCGAUCUCGGACGGGUAUUUCGCGGACUCGCUGCAGUGCGACAAGUACUACGAGUGCAUUGAUAACGUGCUGACGGAGAAACUCUGCCCCGAUGGCAUGGCCUUCAAUGACCUCAACCAUCGUGUCGAGAAGUGCGACUACAUUUACCAAAUUGACUGUGUUGACCGGCCAGAAUUACAGCCGGCGCAGUCGACGGAGUUUUGCCCGCGCGCCAACGGUUACUUCGCGCACCCCGAGCCAGGCCGCUGCGACGAGUUCUACUUCUGCGCGAAGGGUGAAGGCAGUCACCUCACGUGCCCGGAGUCCCUUGUCUUCUCGCUGAAGACCGGCACGUGCGUCUGGCCCGACGAGGCAGGACGGACCGACGACUGCAAGUCCGGCAACGUGGUGAACUUCACAUGUCCGUCCGUGCCGAGCAUCGAGGCGGUGGCACAUCCUCGCUACGCAGACCCUGAAGACUGCCAAUAUUUCUACGUGUGCAUCAACGGCAAGACGCCGCGCCGCAACGGCUGCAACUUCGGCCAAGUCUUCAACUCGAAAAUUGCUGCAUGCGAUACACCGAAGGAAGUCCCCGAGUGUUCUGACUACUACUUCGACUACUUCACGGAGUACUUCGCAAGCCUGGGCGACUCCGGCGUGCCGUCACCCGACAUCAUGCAGGCGGCGAUCGCAUCAGGCUUUGAUGUGCCGCAAGUGGCCAAACGCGUCCGCGUGAAGCCCUCGAGCUCAGCCCUGGCCGCGUCCGACGGCGUCAGACGCAGACGACCGCUCGUCGAGACAGCUGAACGACCCAAGAUCGUCACCCCCAUCGAGGGUCCCAAACUUCCCGACGCUGGGGACAAGGUUCGCGCCGCCGGUAGCGCGCAGGAAGCAAAGCCUGCGCGCACCCGGAGACCGUCCCUCAGGGCCCCCUCCCGUGCGGCUACCACAACCACCACGACCACCACGCCGGCGCCCGAGGAGGACUACGUAUAUUACGACGAAUACCCCGAGACUGCGGGCGCCGCUGCCACCCCAGCAGCCUAAGCUCCCCUCUCCUCAGUCCUGCUGUUAGAAGACACGCGGAAGUAUUAGCAAGUGAAUAAUAAUGCACGGGGUUAAAAUUGAUCUGUUUCAUGUUUCAAGGGACAAAUUUCGCUGAGAAAUGAAUCUAUUUCUGCUCUAUUCGACGAAAUAUCUUACAAAAAGUCUAGUGUACACAAUCCUACAAUGUGAUUGUUUUUAUAUGUGAUUGUUUUGUAUUUUAUAAAAAUUUCCUGUGCUUAUUGCACAGCAUUUUCAGUUGUUUGCUGUUACACGUUGAAAUGUGCUUCUCUUUCCUCUCUUAGCAGGCGAAUAUUGGCCAUAAAAUUAUUACUGAAAUAAAAUAAUUUUAAAAUUCGUAAAAAUUACAAUUUCGGGUUAUUCGUGAGUUAUUUUGUAUUAUUCGACUGAACGGAUGCCUCUCGUGCCUUUGAUCAGCCAAAAAAAGACGAUUUGGCUCAUCCUGAGCGUUCGAAAGUGUAAAUUUGCAUUUAAAUGGGGGACUGAAAUAUCUUUAAACACCAAUGGCUCGCCAAUUCUGAAACGCAUCAAGACAAUUUUAAAAUUAAAGAAAUAAAUAAAAAUAAAAUAGUACGAGUA